AAUCCAUGUUGCCUGUGAAGUGUGACCUAGAGUCACAACCGCAAAAAGUUCAAAUAAACGUAUUUACAUAAACGAAAAAUGAGGACAGAAAAUCGUAUUUGAAACGAAAGUAAACGAACAUGGACAUCAGACCGACGACACUUUGGCCACGGAUGAAUCUCGUUGUAAUUGUCAAUGCCCAUAUUCAGCGCUACAUGGGAGUCUACAAUCCGACAAUCUGGGACACCGUGAGUAGGAGGGAGGACAGUGAGGAACUGGAUUUACCCGAUGUGUAUAUCUGCUUUUGACGCGAGAGUUUCUUGUUUUGGAUGACCGCUUAUUCACCCGCCUUUAAAAUGGAAGUGUAAAAGCCUACACGCGCUUAAUUGGAGUUUAUUCCAUAGGAGCCCGUUGAUAUUUUAGAGGUGAGGUCGCAGUGUGUGAUUAUAUCGAGGCAGUGUUUCCGAAUACAGAUUAUUACACUUAUCCCGAAUAGAUUUUCCUCAGCACUGCACAUGCAUGUCACCCGGCUCUGCUGAAGCUUCACAUCGAUUCCAUGUUAGACAUGGGCUUGUUGGUGCUCUCUAAUACCACAUACUUGGUUUCUGAGUGAUUAAACAUUCUAGACAACUGCCGUGUCAUGAUUGAAGACGCGCGCAGUGAAGAACCAAACAAAGUGCCACAAUUGGGAAAGCUAGCUCGCACCUGGUUCAGAAACAUCAAUCCUCUUGUCUGUCUGUGCAAAUCCUGAGCCGCGUGGAUAUUACAUAUCGAAGUCAGAGAAAGAGAAGGGGGGAGGGAGUUAGUGUCGGGUGAUUUCCUCCCCUCGCCAAAUUUCUGUCCGGGAGUCGUUGACACUCCUUCAUAACCCUGCUCUUUCGCGCCUUGCGCAGAUGGCCAAAGCGCCGUGGGCACAGAAGUCUCCAAACCCCAGAAUUCUACUUACCUCACCGAACCCCAGUAGACAGACCACCGAGAUAGAGGAUGAGACCAUAAAAUAGCCUAGUGUUAAUUGUAGUUAUUUCAAUGAAUGAAUGAAUAUAGCCGUAUGGUUUUCUUUCCUACACCUUUGUGCAAACUCAUCUACACUUUAUGUGCACGUCCCCGGUACCAGCUGCACAUCCCCAGCCGGCGUUGGUGAUGCCAUGCCCCGCAACCACAGUGGCGAUGAGGCAGGUACUGGGCUCUGGAUGAAAACCUCACCAGGGCGUCGGGCUCAGGACUACGGGUUGAAAGAUGUGGAGUCUGGACGGAGGAUGAUGAACAACGCGGUUCGAGUCGGAGACAGGAUGCUUUCGCUGGGCCCUGCAGGUGCAGACGGCGCGGAGAGGCAAAAGGGCGCCCGGAUGAGUUUGCUCGGGAAGCCGCUCAUCUACAGCGCGCAGAGCGGACGCAGGAAUGUGCGCUACCGGCGUCUGCAGAAUUACCUCUACAAUGUGCUGGAGAGACCCAGGGCAUGGGCGUUCAUCUACCACGCCUUCGUGUUCAUCUUGGUGUUUGGCUGUCUGGUCCUGUCAGUGUUCUCCACAAUCCCUGCCCAUCAAGACCUGUCCAACCACUGUCUGCUCAUCCUGGAGUUUGUGAUGAUCGUGGUGUUUGGGCUGGAGUACAUCAUCAGGAUAUGGAGCGCAGGCUGCUGCUGUCGCUACAGGGGAUGGCAGGGACGCCUCCGCUUUGCCAGGAAACCCUUCUGUGUCAUAGACAUAAUUGUCCUCAUAGCUUCCAUUGCUGUGGUGUCCGCUGGUAGCCAAGGUAACAUCUUUGCCACCUCAGCAUUGCGUAGCCUUCGCUUCCUGCAGAUCCUGCGGAUGGUGCGUAUGGACCGCAGAGGGGGCACUUGGAAACUACUGGGAUCUGUAGUCUAUGCACACAGUAAGGAGUUGGUGACAGCCUGGUACAUUGGGUUCCUGGUGCUCAUCUUCUCUUCGUUCCUGGUCUACCUCGUGGAGAAGGAGUUCAACAAAGACUUUGCCACCUAUGCCGAUGCUCUGUGGUGGGGCACGAUCACCCUGACAACUAUCGGUUAUGGAGACAAGACUCCUCAGACAUGGACAGGUCGUCUGAUCUCAGCUGGCUUUGCUCUGAUGGGAAUCUCCUUCUUCGCCCUGCCUGCUGGUAUCCUGGGCUCAGGUUUUGCCCUGAAGGUACAGGAACAGCACAGACAAAAACACUUUGAGAAGAGGAGGAACCCAGCAGCCAGCCUCAUCCAGUGUGUCUGGCGUAGUUAUGCUGCUGAUGAGAACUCGGUUUCCAUAGCUACCUGGAAGCCUCAUUUGAAGGCGUUGCAUACCUGCAGUCCUGCAAAGAAAGAACAGGGCGAGACAACUAGCAGUAAGGGUCAUAGUAAUAGGAGGCGCUUCAGAAGGUAUUACACACGGAAAUUUAGGAGUACAAAGUUGAGCUUUAAGGAGCGGGUACGGAUGGCAAGCCCUCGCGGCCAGAGCAUGAAGAGCCGCCAGACAUCCAUCAACAAUGACCGACGCUGUUCCCCAGGCAACGAUGUGGUGGGCGCUAACACGGGAACCAGCCCUGCUAAGGUGCAGAAGAGCUGGAGCUUCAACGACCGCACACGCUUUAGACCCUCCCUGCGCCUCAAGAGUCAAUCACGCACCGCGCCCUCCGAGGUGGACACGGGAAUGGGGAAUGAUGACGCAUUCAGCGACAGAGUUUGCCACUGUGAUGUCACCGUGGAAGACCUAUCAGCUCCAUUGAAGGCUGUCAUCAGAGCCGUCAGGAUCAUGAAGUUUCAUGUGGCAAAGAAGAAGUUUAAGGAGACUCUGCGCCCGUAUGAUGUGAAAGAUGUGAUAGAACAGUACUCUGCAGGACACCUGGAUAUGCUCUGCAGAAUCAAGAGUCUACAGACUAGGCUGGACACCAUAGUGGGUCCUCCUCAGCAGCAGCUGCUGAAUCCCAGAGUCAAGACCUUUUCCUCCCCCUCCCUGCACUUAUAUUACAACCAGGCCAGGAGGAAGUCCAUGCCAGGGACGAAGUCUGUCCCAGGACUGGCCACUGGACUGGGUCCCACACUGGGCAGCAAACCUGGGAACAUGUCCUCCCCCUCCCUGCAAUUAUAUUACAGCCAGGCCAGGAGGAAGUCCACCCCAGGGAUGAAGUCCCCAGGGGUGGAUCAGAUACUGGGUAAGGGCCAAAUCCCCAUCGACAAGAAGAUCAGGGACAAGCUGCACCCUGACAGGGAUACUCUGGAGGACAUGAGCAUGCUGGGACGUGUGUGUAAGGUGGAAAGACAGGUGACGUCCAUAGAGUCAAAGCUGGACUCUCUGCUGGAUGUGUACAGGCAGGUGUUACAAAAUGGUUCGUCUGCCCUCACCCUCUCCUCCCUGCCCCUGUUCGAGCUGGAGCACCAGACCUCCGACUACCGAAGCUCCAUCCUCAGCAAGGACCUGUCCUCUGGCUCCCCCCAGGGAGGGGAGGGCAGAGGGGGGCAUGAAAGUGGUGGGGGGAUGUCCCGGUCAACAACAGGCCAUCUCUCCAGGGGCCUCCAGCUCAUCCUGGCCCCCAGCGAGCUCACCCUCAACACCUGCCCCCCGUCCUACCCUGCCUCCACUGCAUCCCUCACGCCCUCGCCUCUCCUGCCGCCUGACAGCCCCUACCCGCUCCUCACCACACCCAGUAGUUUCCCCAGGCGAGCGCACUUCCCUGACCUCCCGCCCCCUCCACCAUCCGCUGGUGCUGCCACCCUUCAGCUGCCCCCCAUGGGCCCCCAGCAAAGACGUCCCCUCAGCCCCACCCAAGAUGCUACACGAGGGGGUAGGCUGGAGCAGAGCUCAGGCCUCUCUAUGGUGGUGGGCUCCGGGGUGGACCAUGGAGAGGAGGGGGACAGAGAGGGUGGACAUAGCUGGGGCAGGGUGCAGCUGAGGGGGAAGCCCCAUUUGAGGGAGGAGGGCCCCUGGAGGAGGCACAUGAGCCUGGAGGUGGACCCCAUGCUGCUGCUUUCCUCUGGAUGUGAUGGCAAGCCCUCGGAGCAGGAACAGGGGCUGGGGAAGUCCCUGUCGGCACAUAACCUCACCCAGCCAUCUGCAGACAACCUUCCUAACCUGUCCUCCCCCCUCGGCAACAGUAGAAGUUCUAGUGACGACUUCCAUGGCGACCCCGACGCUAGCAACUGGGGCGAGACAGACCUUUUCAUCACCGGCCGUGACCUGGAACCGCAUGAGGACCAGUUUGAUUUCCUGUCCCAGGGGAGUGACUUCCUGUCCCAUCCCACAGCGGACGGUACUGGCUGCUUGGACGUUCUGCGGACUGAAGAUGGGGGGUCCUUAAGCAGUCUGACUGGUCUCCGCACCCACACAACGGGCAGUGCAGAGUCCCUCAACCAGCCUAUCCACGUACGACUAAAAUAACUCUUCCAUAAGAGUGAAUAAGAUAAACCCUCCCCCCAACACAUACAUUACCAAUAUUACCACUGGACAAACAACAAAUAUAAUUGCAACUGUUGAUUAUAACUCUGUUUUUAAGAGAUGGGGGGGGGGGUUCUCACUCCUUUCAAUCAAAGAUUUCAGGCACCCUUUAUACUCUCAUACAUAUCAUGGCAUGGACUAUUUCGAAUUUCCUAAAACAGGAACAAGCAGAGAAACUAACAGGGGGAGGGGAGAUAGGGGAGGAAGAUUGGACAAAAGAGAGGAUGGUCAGAUAGUGUUAAUGUUUGCUCUCUCGGCUAUGCAUGACCACUGCAUGUCUAAACCGCACUUUGGGGUCGAGAGCAUUCAAGCCCUGGAAACACAGUCAUGAUGGCUGAGCCCAAACUCAUAAGUCCACAUUUCACCUGUUUGUCUGCAUGUUCCAGUAAUGUAUCCUCCAAACCCUUGGGAGGCAAUUAUGAGCAGUCAGCAAUGAUUACCCAAAUAUAGAAAAUGUCGUAAAUAGAUAAUACAAUAACUAAUUUGAUAAUAACAUAAGAUAAUCCUACUGAUGUAAAGUUGUCAAAACAUUUUUUUUUUAAAUACAUUUUACAAUCUUGUGUGGCCAUUUGAUUUUGAUGACAAAUCCAAUAUGCUGAUUGGGUGCUCUAAUCUGACAAGGCCAGUAGGAUUCAGUAUUUUCACUUUUAAAGGCAUUUGAGUGAAAGACAAACAGCAGCCAAAUAAGAUCAGUUAUUACUAUGGUACUGUAGAUGGUGAAACAAGGCCGUGGAACACUGCAGUUGUCGGUCACAAUAAACACUACAGAAUUCAGGGUUCCUUGUCGUACAGCUCAUGAGCCCACAGUAUUCCCUUCUGUUACUAGCUGGUUGACAGGGGACACUUCAAACUUUUAAAAUAAAUACAGUAUAUCUCCUCAAAGUGGAUGAACAUUAGUCUAUGACAGGUUGGGGACAUCUCUACAAAUGGUUAGCCAGCCUACACUUUGUCAGUAGCAAUAAUGAUCAGAACUUGUUACAGACUUGCCAAGGCACAGAUGAGCGGUGUGAGAGUAAGUCAGAGGAGUUGGAUCAUAAAUACAGGGAGGACCUGAUCCACCAUGUUUUAGUUCCCUUAAAGUGGUGGUAUGUGAGCCUACAAGCCUGGCACUUCCAAUAGAGCACACAGGAUCUUUUGUCUAGAGAAGGCCACUGGUCUUGUGUGUCUACUGUCCAACCAAUGUCAUCCCUAAUGAUGCUGUCCAUAGAGAUACACAGACAGGAAAGUAAUGAACAAGCCAUGUUGUAAGUGGAUGGAAAAUAUGGCAACAAGUCUGCUGUCAACUUCUGAAUGUGAUUUGUCUGUUGUUUGCAUGUCCCACUGCCUUACGAGGCAGCAGCACUGCUGACUGCCACUCAGCAUGAACACAGACGACUGCUCUUGAAUGAGAAUAUGCACAAACUGUGUUAGACAUCUUUAUUUUCUCUAUGUUGCACCUUUUUGUUGUUGAAGGAGAGAGGCACAGCAGUCUUAUAUCUGUCGAGCUUCCAUUCAACAUGUUUAUGUUUUUAUUUCGUUUUUUGAUUGGUGCAUAGGUGCAUUGGCUUAGCUGAUUAGCAAUUAUACUGUAUAAUGUGUAUAUUUUAUGUUCAUAUGUGUGACGUGACCAGCAAAAUCUAUAUAGCUGUGUGUUACAAUGGGAUUUUGUAUGAAAAUGGCCCGAGUUGGUACGAUAAAUGCACAACUGAAAGCACAAUUGUUUGGAGACGUUGGAACCUGCAUAUGUGACUGGUGGUGUUAUUCUCUGUAAUGAAAUGUUUUCCAGAUACAUAAUCAAAAAACUGCGCUACAGACAGGAAGUACUUGUACAGAGCACAGAUGCAUUGGAGGCAGGACUGAAUAUUGAAUCCACUUGGAUAACUAUGGAGUUAUGAACUCUUUCAUAAUAUCAUGCUUGGUCUAAAGUUUGAAGUUAUUAUAACGUUUACUUCACUGACAUUAAUAGUUCAUUUCCCUCAGUUGAUUCUGGAAAUGGUCGUUCCAUGGGAUUUCAAUCACUUUCUGACUGCACCCCUUUUGAUUAGAACAAACCCUUCCGUACAUGUUUGUCCAUGUGAGAAGUGGUCAGAAAAUGACUUUUUGGUCCUGAAUGCCAAAAUAUUCAGGAUCUAGAGAUGCUCAAAGUUGACACAUUUGGCAUAUCCCCUCCUACCAUGAGGCAUCCAUGUCUUCAUCACUUAAUAAGAUAAACGGUUGAGUUUGACAUCAUUUGAAAGCUUACAAACAGGGUUAUCCAACUGUUUUAUGAUUUAUUGAAAGAAAGCUUUUAAAAUAAAAAUGAUGUCCUUUUUUUUAAGCUUUAACAUAAGUUAUCUAAAAACACGUCAACUCAGAUUUUUUUUUCAUGUUCAUAUACAGUACCAGUCAAAAGUUUGGACACACAAGGGUUUUUCUUUAUUUUUACUAUUUUCUACAUUGUAGAACAAUAGGGAAGAUAUCAAAAAUAUGAAAUAAAACAUGGGAUCAUGUAGUAACCAAAAAAGUGUUUAACAAAUCAAAAUAUAUUUUACAUUUGACAUUCUUCAAAGUAGCCUCCCUUUGCCUUGAUGACGGCUUUGCACACUAUUGGCAUUCUCUCAACCAGCUUCAUCUGGAAUGCUUUUCCAACAGUCUUGAAGGAGUUCCCACAUAUGCUGAGCACUGGUUGGCUGCUUUUGUUUCACUCUGUGGUCCAACUCAUCCCAAACCAUCUCAACUGGGUUGAGGUUGGGUGAUUGUGGUGGCCAGGUCAUCUGAUGCAGCACUCCAUCACUCUCCUUCUUGGUCAAAUAUCCCUUACACAGCCUGGAGGUGUGUAUUGAGUCAUUGUCCUGUUGAAAAAUAAACGAUAGUCCCACUAAGCGCAAACCAGAUGGGGUGGAAAAUUGUUGCAGAGUGUUGUGGUAGCCAUGCUCAUUAAGUGUGCCUUGAAUUCUAAAUAAGCAAAGAACCACCACACCAUCAAACCUCCUCCUCCAUGCUUCACAGUGGGAACUAUCUGUUCAUCUACUCUGCGUCUCACAAUGACAUGGUGGUUAGAACCAAAAAAUCUAUAAUUUGGACUCAUCACACCAAAAGGACAGAUUUCCACCAGUCUAAUGUCCAUUUAUUUUGUUUCUUGACCCAAGCAAGUCUCUUCUUAUUAUUGGUGUCCUUUAGUAGUGGUUUCUUUGAAGCAAUUCAACCAUGAAGGCCUGAUUCACGCAGUCUCCUCUGAACAGUUGAUGUUGAGAUGUGUCUGUUACUUGAACUCUGUGAAGCCAUUUCUGAGGCUGUUAACUCUAAUGAACUUAUCCUCUGCCUCAAACGUCACUCUGAGGCUUCCGUUCCUGUUCCUCUGAGAGCCAGUUUCAUCAUAGCGCUUGAUGGUUUUUGCAACUGCACUGGACUGUCAUUUCUCUGUGUUUAUUUGAGCUGUUCUUGCCAUAAUAUGGACUUGGUCUUUUACCAAAUAGGCCUAUCUUCUGUAUAUCACCCCUACCUUGUCACAACACAACUGAUUGGCUCAAAAGAAUUAAGAAGGAAAGAAAUUCCACAAAUGAACUUUUAAGAAGGCACACCUGCUAAUUGCAAUGCAUUCUAGGUGACUACCUCAUGAUGCUGGUUGAGAGAAUGCCAAGAAUGUGCAAAGCUGUCAUCAAGGCAAAGGGUGGCUGGAUUUGUUUAACAUUGUUUUGGUUACUACAUGAUUCCAUAUGUGCUAGGUCAUAGUUUUGAUUAUUCUACAAUGUAGAAAAUAGUACAAAUAAAGAAAAACCCUUGAAUGAGUAGGUGUGUCCAAACUUUUGACUGGUACCCUAUAUUGUAGCUUGCUAGCACUUUCAAAUGGUGCAACAAAGAUGGUUGGAAGUCCACACAUCAGAGCAUAUUGACUUGAGUGGGAAUAUCCAUUGUUAUAAAUUAAGCUGUCAAUCCUCCAUAGGAAACCUAUUGAAAUCAUAGAAAUACAGAUAAUAGAAUAUACUUUCCCAUUCAAGUUGACAUUCAACAAUGGGUGGACAAUCAGCCAUCUUUCUGGUAGUAAUUCGAAGUUAAAGUUUCAAUUCAAAUGUCAAUGGUGUACCACCUACUGUACAUUUCAUGGGUCUGAAAGGAUAGGUCCAUUCUAUUAAUUAUAUAUCUAUGAUUAAAUAAACAUGUAAAAUAGGGUCUAAACUACAACACUUGUGAAAAUGAGAAAAAUCAGAGUUUAUGUGUUUUUAGAUCAUAGACAUUAAAGCUUAAAGAACAUCAUUGUUUAAUUAAAACAAAUGUUCAAUAAAUCAUAGAAUAGUUUGACAACCCUGUUUGUAAGCGUUCAAAUUUGAUUAAACUCAGCCGUUUUAUCUUUUUGAGAGAUCAAGACAUGGCAGGAUGGGGUAUGCAAAAUGGAUCAACUUUGAGUACCUCCUGAAUGUUUUGGCAUUCGGGUCCAAAAAGUCACUUUCUGACCACUUCCACCAUGGGCAAACAUGAAAGUUCAAAUCAAAAAGUGUGCAGUUCAAAUCUAAAGGCGUGCAGUCAGAAAAUGACUUAAAUCAUAGGGGUGGCAGGGUAGCCUGGCGGAAGGGUUGCAAGUUCAAACCCCCGAGCUGACAAGGUACAAAUCUGACGUUCUGCCCCUGAACAGGCAGUUAACCCACUGUUCCUAGGCCUUCAUUGUAAAUAAGAAUGUGUUCUUAACUGACUUGCUUAGUUAAAUAAAGGUAAAAAAUAAAUAAAAUAUGGAAUGACCCAAAAGCUUAACGGUGCCUUUUUAGCAUUUAUUUAUGAUAUCUAUUUUUUUUUCUCCACUGGGCUGCAUAUGUUUCUACAGUGCCUAACUAGAAGAACUCAUGCAGAUGUAAGCCCAGUUUCUGAAACUAGGAUAACACACACGUUCAAAGUCUGAAAAUCUACUACAGUACAUUUUCCCUACCACUCGUACAGUGAAUUUAUUACACAAAACUGGCCUUAAAAUCCAUGCUUGAUAAUGUUAACAUUCUGAUUUCUUUCAAAUAAAUGUAUUAAAAUGCACAUAACAGAGAUGACAGGCUCUGUGGAUGAGAAAUGCUAAAUGAAUUAUAAUAUCACAUGUAAAUAAACUACAAACAUGAAACUGUC